AAAAUAUCAGCAAUAUACAUUCUUCACAGAGAAACUUAACGUCAUGUUUUGAUAUUAGGUGUACAAGCAGGAUAAUCAUUUGUUCUAAAAGAUUUAGUAUAGGUGAAUUUUGUAUGGUUUGAAAUUGAAUUGACGAAGGAAAAUCGUUCAUGUAUGUCAGCUUUAAGAAUGUUUGAUAAUAAAUAGGACAUCUUUAAUUCUUUUUCAUAGUUACACAUAAUCAUGCUGCUGUUUGGAAUAGUAAAAGUUCUUCUUUUUAGUGUAUAUGUAAUUCACCUGACGAGUUCAACUAAGGAAUUUGAUCGUCUAAAAUCAAUGGUCAAACAUUUAGAAAAUAGACUUAAUACCGAAGGUGAGUUCAGAGACGAAGAUAUUGCUGAAAUAACAAUUCGACUGGAUGGCAUCGAUAAAGUGUUAAAUGCGACUAACAAAAAAAGACAUCCCGUUCCAUCAGCGGCGACAACAGCUGGUCAGAUUGAUUUUAAAACAUUGGAUACAUUGGAAGAGGAUUUCAUGAGACUCAGAGUUGCGUUCACCGAGGAAAAGUCUGAGGCUGUAAGGGUCCGACGGGAAAUUCCAAAGAUUGAAAAGAAAUUGUUUUUCCUUAACGAAGAUGUUGAAAGUUAUUGCAAAGUCGCUGUUAAUAAUACUGAUCAAUUAUUAACCAACUUUGAGACGGUAAAACAUGUGUCUGAAGACAAUUUAAUAACGUCUGAAAAUGGCCUUAAAAUUUUACAAAGUAUGGCUGAACAGGUUCAACAAAACACCAAACAAAAUGAAAACAUCGCAACUUUCAUAACAUAUUUACAUUCGCAUAUGGAAGUUUUAUUAUAUCCUACCUCAUGUAAAUCGUUAAGAGAUAUGAACAUAAUUGGAAAUGGAAUAUACGAAUUACGACAGGUGUCUCACGUGUACUGUGACCAAACAACAGACGGCGGGGGCUGGAUAGUAUUUCAAAGAAGACUGAAUGGUAAAACAGAUUUUUAUCGAAACUGGACUGCGUAUAAAAACGGCUUUGGUGACCUAGAUGGUGAGUUCUGGAUCGGAAAUGAUCAUUUGAGUCUAUUGACAUCAGAUGGAGAACACGAACUUCGAAUAGAGAUUGAAGAUUUUGAGGGAAACAGUGCAUAUGCUAAGUAUAGUAAGUUCAAGAUAUAUCCGGAAGAAGACAAUUACAAAUUGAAGGUGAGUGGAUACAGUGGAACUGCUGGAGAUUCUCUUGAGUGGCAUUAUGGAAUGAUGUUCUCAACGUAUGACAGAGACAAUGACAGUGACUGGAGCAAUUGUGCGGAAAUUAAUCAUGGUGCGUGGUGGUAUAAGGGUUGCCAAUAUUCUAAUCUCAAUGGGAAGUAUUACAACCAGCCUGGCAUAACAAAUACUUCUGGAAUCAACUGGUAUCAUUGGAAGAAAAAAUACUACUGUUUAAAAGAAGUAGAAAUGAAAUUCCGUUAAAUUAUCACCUUAACGGUUAUAAAAGUGAUCAAAUAAUAUAUAGUUUUUCGAUAUGUAAACUUUAAAGGAACCUUCAUGCAAUUGCUAAUGAAGGAAUAGACACAGAAAAGUCGAAUCACAAUCAGGUCGAUGUAUUCCAUAGAUCUGUUGAUGCGGAUGUUACCCGACAUAACAUAGUGUCCUAUAUGUUUUGUUUCAAAGUAGUACAAUUUGUGUGUGAAGAUCUCACAGACUUUGAUGCUAAUAUUAUAUGUUAUUUCUAUUUUCAUUUCAGAAUGAUAAUAAGGAAGACAAACUGUGACUUUUGAAUAAAUAUCCUUAUGAAAUAUCUACAGUACUUGCUUUAAACUUAUAAAAAUGUUACAUUCUUCUGUUCAUAUAUCACUCGGUAAACAUUUUUUGUUUUGUGUUCUUGUGAUAGCUCUGAAGAUGUCCUAAAAUUCUUAUGAUAACUUUUGUUACUGCCAGUGUGUUUCUUGCGCUAAAUUACAGCAGUCGUAGGAAAAACGCCAUUUUGUGGUGUUAUUUUUUGUCCUCCUGAUCCUUUUGGAUAAAUAUUUCCAAAGAUAUUAGAUUAGAAGACGUAAACCGGUGCCAGGGUGCAUUCGAAAUGUUGCUCUUUGUAUAGAUUUUGAUAGACAGGCUCAAGCAAACUGUGUUUGCGAUUUUAAAUAAGGCAAAAAUACAUUACUUCAUCAAGUUAAAGUUCUGUCAAAUGUAAAAGAAUAAAAAAGAGGCCAUUAUUGUUUGUUUGUUUGUUUGUUUGUUUCAUUUUACGCCUUUUUCAACAGUAUUUCAGUCAUAUAGGCGGGUAGUUUCCUAACCAUCGUUCCUGGAGAGUUACACCAGUACUAGACUACCUUCCUCCGCGCUAAACUACCAAAGCAUCUCCCGGGGAUCGAACCCACGCCAGAGAGGUAACUGGAUUAGAAGUCAUCGACUCUAACCCCUCGACCACGGAGGCGGUAGGUCA